AUGCGGGCCACCUCGGCAGCCUUCCGGUGCGACAGGCCUUGGGCGCGGCACGCAUCCACGAAGAGCUGGGCAAUCAACGAGGGCUGGGAGUCCCCGAGGGGGCCGUCCCGCGCCACGAUCCUCAGCGCCUCCAGGGCGGGCGCGACGCGAGCCACUUGCCUGAUGCCGUUCCUCACCGUCCUGCCCAUGGGGCGGUCGGGGGCGAUGCACUUCUGGCAGACGGUCGCCAUGCGGGCGAUCGCGGUGGCUGGCUUCCCGGACCCGCAGAUCGUGAACGUCGGCCGUGUCAGCGUGGCCUUGCCCACCUCCACCGCCACCGCCGCCGCCGGCUGCGCGGGCAACUUCUACAUCCUCGGCCACGACCCGCCGUUGGCCACGCAGCGCCGGGAUGACACGCCCGCCGUCCGGGGGGUUUGGGGCCUCACGGUCCAUGAGGAGACGGGCGCCUCCACGGACGCCGUCCUGGUGGGGCUGGAGCUCAGACGGGGCCGCGGGCUGUCGGUCAAGCGUCGCAACCCGCGGCGGUUGCGCGCGGCGCUUGACACGGUGCUGCGCCGGGGUUGCUACCCAAGCAAGAUGCUGGAGGUCCUGGUCGGCCAUAUCACCUGGGCCUGCCUGUCACGCCGGGAUUUGUUGCGUGUGCUGAGCGCCGUGCACCCGUACCUCGCGGCCGGCCUUCCCACGACGUCCCGGAUGUGGGGAUCUGUGCGCGUGGAGCUCGGUCUGGUGGUUCUGGCUGGUCCGUGGCACGACAUCGUCUGGGUGAGCGACGCCUCCGAGCUCGGAGUCGGCGUGGCCGCGCGGCCUGUGCAGCCAACUUCGCUGCCUGCGGGACUGCGCGGCCUGGACAUCGCGGGGCUCGAGUCCUUCAUCAGGGUGUACUCUCGGGAGUUCCUGGAGGUCCCCCGGGAGUUCUUCGACGGGGCGGGCCGCCAGCGCCGGGCCGCGGCUGCCCGCCAAGUGGCGGCGGCGCGGGGGUCCUCCGGCUGCCUGUCGGUGCUGGGGCGGACGGCGGUCAGGGCGGUCUCGGACCGCUUCUACCAAGUUUACCUCCUGGCCUUCCUCCAGUUCUGCCUCGUGAUGACGACCGACUGGGCGAGCGAGGCCGACAUGGACCUGUCCCUGACCACGCACCUGUACUCCACGUACUCCGAGGGUCGCGCCCCGAACGAGGGCUCGGGCCCUCGGGCUGCGCUUGCACACUGCACGCCGACGCUGUUCCAAGGGGCCGCGCGGGCUCUGCCGCGGGCGAUCCGCUGCCGGGCGGGCGGGCGCCGUCGGGCGCCGACCAGGAUGCGCUGGCCGCUGCCGCGCGGGGCUGCCUGCGCCCUCGCGGGGGCGAGGGCGGCGCGGGGCCAGCCGCGCAUCUGCCUGUUCGUCAGGGCGUUGUUCGUGGCCUACCUCCGCCCGCAGGGGGCGCUCUGGCUGGCGGGGCGGCACCUUGCGCCGCCGUUGGCCCACUCGGGCCAAGCCCCGACCCCGCGGGGGCGGCUGCUGCACGACUCGGACCUCCAGUUGCCCGAGAAGACCAACCUGAGGGGCGAGGACGGCAGCAUCGGCAAAGCGAAGUAG